AUGAAGACGCUGGUGCUGAGCUUGGCCUUGUGGUGGUCACUGCUCCUCCGGCCUGCAUUGAUAUUCGGAUUCUCGCACGUGAGGAAGAACUGCGGCAAUGACUUCUACGUGAUCAGCGUCCUGAAUAUGAGCAACUCAGCUUUCCCAGAGGCCUUGGAAGACCUGAAAGCAGUGGUGAAUGAGGGAUUGGACAUCGUGAGAACGCGCCUGCAUGAAGCUGGCCUAAAUGUGACCGUGGAGGCUAACUUUUUCAAAUCGAAUGAGCUGAUUUAUAACACAAAUGACUGCCGGAGCAGCACCUGUGAAGGCCUGGACCUACUCAGGAAAAUUCCAGUACGUAAAGAUGGCAUGGGCUGUGUCCUCAUGGGUCCCUCGUGCACGUAUUCCACCUUCCAGAUGUACCUUGACACAGAUUUGAACUACCCCAUGAUUUCAGCAGGAAGUUUUGGAUUGUCAUGUGACUACAAAGAAACCUUAACCAGGCUGAUGUCUCCAUCUAGGAAGUUGACAUACUUCUUGGUUAACUUUUGGAAGGACAAGAAUUUGCCAUUCAAAACUUUCUCCUGGAACACCGCCUACGUUUUCAAGAACAAUACUGAGUCUGAGGACUGUUUCUGGUACCUCAAUGCUCUGGAAGCUGGAGUUUCCUAUUUUUCUCAGGAACUCAUCUUCAAGGAUAUCCUGAGAGGAUCUGACCAGUUUCAAGCUAUUUUAAUGGACCCCAACAGGAAAAGCAAUGUUAUUGUCAUGUGUGGUAAACCAGAUAUCGUCGACACCCUCAAGGGCGAUCGGCCAGUGGCUGAAGACAUUGUCAUCAUUCUAGUGGAUCUAUUCAAUGACUACUACUUUGAGGAAAAUGUCACAGCUCCUGACUAUAUGAAAAAUGUCCUUGUACUGACACUGCCUCCUCGAAAUUCCAAACUAAAUAGCUCCAGAGGUUUAUCACUGGUGAAAAAUGACUUUGCACUUGCCUACCUGAAUGGAGUCUUGCUCUUUGGACACAUGCUCAAGACAUUUCUUGAAAAGGGAGAAAAUGUUAACAGCCCCGAAUUUGCUCAUGCUUUCAAGAACCUCACUUUUGAAGGGUACCUGGGUCCUGUGACUUUGGAUGACUUCGGGGAUGUUGACAAUACCAUGGUGCUUCUUUACACCUCUGUGAAUACCAAAAAAUAUACAGUUCUUUUGAACUAUACCACCCACGAAAACAAGACUUACCCAGAGGAUAAAAGCCCCACAUUUAUCUGGAGGAACCAUAAACUUCCUAAUGAUAUUCCCAGCCAGGGCCCUCAAGCCCUGAUGAUCGCGGUCUUCACCCUCACAGGAGCUGUGAUCCUGCUGCUGCUCAUUGCACUCCUGGUCCUCAGAAAAUUUAGAAAAGAUAAUGAACUUCGCCAGAAAAAAUGGUCCCACAUUCCUCCCGAAAAGAUCUUGCCUCUGGAGAGCAACGAGACCAACCAUGUCAGCCUAAAGAUCGACGAUGACAAGAGACGAGAUACAAUUCAGAGACUACGGCAGUGCAAAUAUGAUAAAAAGCGAGUGAUUCUUAAAGAUCUCAAGCACAAUGAUGGAAAUUUCAGUGAGAAACAGAAGAUAGACUUGAACAAGUUGCUUCAGAUCGACUAUUACAACCUGACCAAGUUCUACGGCACGGUGAAGCUUGAAAACAUGAUAUUUGGGGUGAUCGAAUACUGCGAGAGAGGAUCCCUUCGGGAAGUUUUAAAUGACACAAUUUCCUACCCUGAUGGAACAUUCAUGGACUGGGAGUUUAAGAUCUCUGUCUUGUAUGACAUUGCUAAGGGGAUGUCAUAUCUGCACUCCAGUAAGACAGAAGUCCAUGGUCGUUUGAAGUCCACUAACUGUGUGGUGGAUAGCCGAAUGGUGGUGAAGAUCACUGAUUUUGGCUGCAAUGCCAUUUUACCUCCAAGAAAAGACCUGUGGACAGCUCCAGAACACCUCCGCCAAGACAGCAUCUCUCAGAAAGGAGACGUGUACAGCUACGGGAUCAUUGCACAGGAGAUAAUCCUGAGGAGAGAAACUUUCUACACAUUGAGCUGCCGGGACCAGAAUGAGAAGAUUUUCAGAGUGCAAAAUUCCAGUGACCUGAAACCCUUCCGUCCAGAUCUGUUCCUUGAAACAGCAGAGGAAAAAGAGCUGGAAGUGUAUCUACUUGUAAAGAGCUGUUGGGAGGAAGAUCCAGAAAAGAGACCAGAUUUCAAGAAAAUUGAAAAUACACUGGCCAAGAUAUUUGGCCUUUUUCAUGACCAAAAAAAUGAAAGUUAUAUGGAUACCUUGAUCCGACGUCUACAGCUAUAUUCUCGGAAUCUGGAGCAUCUGGUGGAGGAAAGGACUCAGCUGUACAAGGCAGAGAGGGACAGAGCUGACAGGCUUAACUUCAUGUUGCUCCCAAGGCUCGUGGUAAAGUCUCUGAAGGAGAAAGGCAUUGUGGAGCCUGAACUAUAUGAGGAAGUUACAAUCUACUUCAGUGACAUUGUAGGUUUCACUACCAUCUGCAAAUACAGCACCCCCAUGGAAGUGGUGGACAUGCUUAACGACAUCUAUAAGAGUUUCGACCACAUUCUUGAUCACCAUGAUGUCUACAAGGUGGAAACCAUUGGCGAUGCCUACAUGGUGGCUAGCGGUUUGCCUAAGAGAAAUGGCAAUCGGCAUGCAGUAGACAUUGCCAAGAUGGCCUUGGAUAUCCUCAGCUUCAUGGGGACCUUUGAGUUGGAGCAUCUUCCUGGCCUGCCGAUAUGGAUUCGCAUUGGAGUUCACUCUGGUCCUUGUGCUGCAGGAGUGGUGGGGAUCAAGAUGCCACGAUACUGCCUAUUUGGAGAUACUGUCAACACAGCCUCUAGGAUGGAAUCCACCGGCCUCCCCUUGAGGAUUCACGCAAGUGGCUCCACUAUCGCCAUUCUGAAGAGAACUGAGUGCCAGUUCCUGUAUGAAGUGAGAGGAGAAACAUACUUAAAGGGCAGAGGAACUGAAACCACCUACUGGCUGACCGGGAUGAAGGACCAAGAGUACAAUCUGCCAACCCCUCCUACUGUGGAGAAUCAACAACGCCUGCAAGCAGAAUUUUCCGACAUGAUUGCCAGCUCUUUACAGAAAAGACAGGCUGCUGGGAUAAGAAGCCGAAAACCAACACGGAUAGCCAGCUACAAAAAAGGCACUCUGGAAUACUUGCAAUUGAACACCACGGACAAAGAGAAUACUUAUUUUUAAACCUUAGUGAAGCCUAAGUCUCAGGCAAAUUAAAUCCAACUGCACUUAGCUAGCAACCUCAAACAUCCCAAAAGCCUCUGUUUUCCUGGGACCUCAAUGAAACAGAAAACGACUUUGAUGAUUUCUAUUUAGCCUUGGCUGCCCUGACUGGAACAUAGACUUUCUGCUAUGAAUCACAAGCAUGCUCUUGGUGCAAUAACUACCUUUUCUCUGUAGCCUUUUCCCAACAGUUGCUCUAGGGAGCUUCUACCUGGGCAAGAAGAGGAACAAAUACAUUGUCUA